AUGACUUGCAAUCCAAAGUGGAAAGAAAUUACAGAAAAUUUGUUAGAAGGACAAACGGCUUCAGAUAGACCUGAUUUAGUAUCUCACGUUUUUGAAUUGAAAAAAGAAGAACUGAUUAACAUAAUUGUUAAAGAAAAAUUAUUUGGAGAAGUACAAGCAUACGUUUAUGUUGUUGAGUAUCAAAAACGUGGAUUACCGCACGUUCAUCUGUUAGUUCAUUUAAAACCAAAUUCUAAAAUAACAACACCCGAAAUUGUGGAUAAGUUUAUUUCAGCCGAAAUACCUAAUCCUAUGGAAAACACAAGAUUACAUAAAAUUAUUGAUGCUAAUAUGAUUCAUGGUCCUUGUGGAGACUGGUGUUUAGAUAAAAAUGGUAAAUGUUCAAAGAAUUAUCCAAAACCAUUUAAUGAUGAAACGAAUAUGGAUGAAGACGUUUAUCCUCAUUACAGGCGACGAAAUAAUGAAAGAUACAAUCGGCGUGAUGGUUUUCAGUAUGAUAAUCAACGUGUUGUACCUCAUAACAAAGAACUUUUAUUGCGUUUAAAUUGCCAUAUCAACGUUGAAGUAGUUACCAGUAUUAAAGCUGUAAAAUAUCUUUUUAAAUACAUUUACAAAGGACAUGAUGCUGCGGCUGUUGUGAUUCAAGAAACACAGAAUAAUGACAACGAAGAAACGGGUGUUCUUGAACAUGAUGAAAUUAAAAGCUAUAUUGAAACUCGUUACGUUAGUCCACCCGAAGCAUGUGGCCGUAUUUUGAGCAAUAAUUUGCAAGGUAAAAGUCAUUCUAUUUAUCGUUUGCCUGUUCACUUGCCAAACCAGCAAACAGUGAUAGUAGAUAAUGUAGAUGAUCUAAAUUCGAUUAGAUCUGCAGUGAAUAGACCUUCAGAACUUACAGAAUAUUUUGCUUUAAAUGAACGUAAUCUUACAGCUAGAAAUUAUACUUAUUCGGAAAUGCCUUUACAUUACGUAUUUCAAAAAGGAAAAAAAUCAUCUAAUGCCUUCACAUGGCAAAAACGAAAACAACAUUUUAACACUUUAGGUCGUAUGUAUUCUAUAAGUCCAUCACAAAUUGAAUUAUUUCAUUUGAGAUUGCUGUUAAUAACAGUAAAAGGGGCUACAAGUUUUGAAAAUUUAAAAAAUGUUGAUGGUGUUAUACAUGAUUCUUUUGUUUCAACGUGUUUAGCCUUAGGACUAAUAGAAGAUGAUGAUGAAUGGAAAAAUGCUAUGCAUGAAGCAGAAGUUUGGAUGAUGCCCAGACAAUUAAGGCAAUUAUUUGUAAGAAUUUUAAUACACUGUCAACCUAUACAUCCUGAAGAAUUGUGGAAAGAGUUUAAAAGUGCUUUGUCUCAAGAUUAUUCAAGAACAAUGUCAGAAAGUCUUGCCCAAAAGAAAGCAUACAUCCACAUCAAUACAUUACUAAAUGCUGAAAAUUCAAAUUUAACAUAUUUUCCAUCAAUGUUACAAAUAACAGAAACAGAAGAUGACAUUGAAAAUCAAAUAAUAUAUGAACAACAUGAAACAAUUGUCACAGAACAAUAUCAGAAACUUAAUGAAAAGCAACAAGAAAUUGUUGAUAUUAUUUUAGAAACAAUUAAUGAUGAACAAACAAUUGAUAACAGCAAAAUCGAUGCUUUUUUAUAA